AUGGGUAUAUUAUUCUCGAGAGAAAAGAGUGAUUCAAAGGACUAUGAACAAGUUCUCAGCAAACUCGACAUCGACAUUCAGAAAGUAGAAGGGCGAUUGUCCGAGAUUAAAAUCAAACAAAGAAAAGCGAGUUUCAUGUGGAUAAUCUACUCGCUUGUUAUUUGGAUUCUAUGUGCCUUUUAUCUCUUCUUUCAGUUUGCCAAUCGUGAAAGCACUACUCAAGAUAUUGCAUUGGCCACAACGCCUGUCGUGUUAAUGCCAGUAGGAAUUUACCAUGUAAGAAAGCUAUUGGUGUGGUGGUAUGAUCAAAGACAAAAGAAGGAGGAGACCAAUUUGGCCAAACUUCGCAAAGAGCAAAAGGACAAGUUGGAAGAUUUGAAGAAAAAAACGAGCUACUAUACCACACAAUCCUUAUUAGAACGAUACGACGAUGCAUUGAUGAAGAAGAAAAAGGAGGAACAGCAAAGAUUGCAACAGCAGCAACAGCAACAGCAAAGAAAGCCAGUUUCAAUGCCACCUAGACACCUUCAACAACCUCAACGAUUCCCCAAUGCAGGUCCCGUACCUGGUCAGCCAUUACCAUCAUUCGGUCAACAACAACAAAAUCAACAACAACAACAACAGCCUAUUUUACCACCAGCUCGCUCUGAGCCUCAGUGGUACGAUAAAAUUGUGGAUGCCUUGGUUGGUGAUGCUGGACCUGAAACAAAAUACGCCUUGAUCUGUAACCAUUGCUACCAUCAUAAUGGAUUGGUUUUAAAAGAGGAAUUUGAUACUAUUCAAUACAUUUGUCCUGUGUGCAAGCAAUUCAAUCCAUCUCGCAAGUCAAAGCAAAUGGUUAUCCCUCAACAAGAGCAACAACCACAACACAAGCAGACAGACCAAGAGAGAACACCCCAAAGCACUGAACGAAAAGCUGAAGGAAUGGCACACAAUGAGAACAAGGUAGAUGAGGAGGAUGAAAAGGAGAUUGAAGAAGAGGACGCAGAGGAAGUUUUAGCAAAAUUGAAGGCAGAAUAUUUGAAUGACGAGGACUCUACUAUCGCUUCUCGUGUCAGACAACGUCAUACGCAUUCCACCCACUCUGCUAGUGACACUGAAUAG